AUGCCAGACGCUCCAUCCGUAGAAUCCAUAGACACGCUCACCCGCGACGCGCUGGUCGAGCUCGACGCCAUCGGUGCGGCCGACGGGGUGGAGGAGUGGCGCGUAGCCUACCUGGGACGCCGGGGAAGGUUGACGGGAUUGUUGCGAUCGCUGCCUCAACUGGAACCGGAGCAACGGCGCGAGAUCGGUUCCCGGGCCAACCAAGCCAAGAACGCGCUGGAAGAGGCGCUGGCCAAGCGGACACGGGAAAUAGCGCAGGCCGCCUUGGCAUCCCAAGAUGCGCUGGACGUUACGCUGCCGGGCCGGCCGGUGGCGACCGGUCGCCUGCAUCCGACCACGCAGAUAGUGCGCGAGAUCUGCGCCGCGUUCAUGGGCAUGGGGUUCAGCGUCGUAGAGGGGCCAGAGGUUGAACUGGACCACUACAACUUCGAAAUGCUCAACAUACCGGCUGGGCAUCCGGCGCGGGACAUGUGGAACUCGCUGUGGGUGGAUUAUGUGAACGAAGAGGAGCAGCAGCCGAUGCUGUUGCGGACGCACACGUCGCCGAUGCAGGCGCGGGUGAUGGAAGCGCAGGACCCGCCGGUGAGGGUCGUGGUGCCGGGCAAGUGCUACCGCUACGAGGCGACCGACGCCACGCACGAAUGGCAUUUCUACCAGGUUGAAGGACUGGCAGUGGCAGAGGGGAUCACCUUCGCCGAUCUGAAGGGUACGCUUUACGAAUUCGCCCGGCGGGUGUUCGGGGAAGACCGGCAGAUACGGUUCCGGUGCGACUACUUCCCAUUCGUCGAACCGGGCGUGGAUAUGUCCAUCUCCAACUUUGUAGAUCCGGAGACGGGAAGGCGGCCGAUCAAUCGCGACGAGGACUGGAUCGAGAUCAUGGGCGCGGGGAUGGUGCAUCCGCGGGUCCUGCAAGGGGUCGGGUACGACCCACAGCGUUACACGGGGUUCGCGUUCGGGAUGGGGCCGGAACGCAUCGGGAUGCUGAAAUACGGGAUCGAUGACAUCCGACAUUUCUACAGGAACGACGUGAGGUUUUUGCGGCAGUUCUGA